UAUUCAGGGUUGGGGAAGUCCAAGGAAGAACACAACCGCAUCAAAGGAGUCAUCCGGCUAUGGUUCAGGCAGUUCCGAAUCGGAUCCGGAAUUUGAUCAGUUGUUGCACACAUUGAGGGAAGGUGUAAGCACAGAGAAUGGACGAUUAUCGCGACAAUUGAACGAAAUUCAAUCGAAAAUUCGAUCCAGAAAUGCUGGUUUGGAAAAGAGUAGACGAAGGAGUGUACCUGCGUAUCUACGAGAAGCUUUCCCCAAGAUUUUUUUGCAAGUUGCACCAAGCGAUUUGCUCUAUGCGCAAAGUAAAAUUUCACUCGGUCUCGAUUGA